AUGCCGGCGCGGCACACAUCAACCUCAUGCUUUCCCUGUUUUCGUACACGAAGGAGCCACGCCUCAGCAAAUGAUAAAGGUCUCGGUCUGGUUCUCGAGACGUCCUUCUCGACAAAGCAUCACGAGGACUAUGUUGACCGUUUCUUGCGGUCUUGGGAUAAGGAGUUUCGAAUUCGAACACGAGGUAAAAAUGUAGAAGAUGAAGUAAAAAAAACUCACCACCAAGGCCUCCACCUCCACCAAGACGACACCACACCAAGGGAACACGCUGCAACGAGUACUACAGCGACGUCGACGACAAGUUCGAGUCCUCUUACACUUCUCCCAACUCCUUCGAGUAGUGCUUGUACAACAACAAGUAGUAAUGCGACCACAAGUCUAAACUAUAUUAAGAAUAUUAACAUCAAUCAGCAAGAAGAAGGACCUCUUUCAUCUUGUUCUCAGCUGGGACUUCUCUACUCACUCUCUUCCCCAGUAGUCGCACAUUCACAUCACCCGCCUCUUCCUUCCCCCAUAGUACCCAUAGUGGUCCCAGCACAGCAGCCGCUUUCUUCCCCCAUCGUCCCGUUUGCAGCGUCUCCUGGUGCCUGCUCGCGCAUGACAGAGCAGGACAUCCACCUACAGCCCAUUCCAGAAGAACACGCAAGUGAACUUUUGGAAGAAGACGAAGACGAUCAGGAGUCCUGUGCAAAUUUAUGA